AUGCAAGCAGGACCACAGAGCAGUGCAGGCAUGCAAGCAGGACCACAGAGCAGUGCAGGCAUGCAAGCAGGACCACAGAGCAGUGCAGGCAUGCAAGCAGGACCACAGAGCAGUGCAGGCAUGCAAGCAGGACCACAGAGCAGUGCAGGCAUGCAAGCAGGACCACAGAGCAGUGCAGGCAUGCAAGCAGGACCACAGAGCAGUGCAGGCAUGCAAGCAGGACCACAGAGCAGUGCAGGCAUGCAAGCAGGACCACAGAGCAGUGCAGGCAUGCAAGCAGGACCACAGAGCAGUGCAGGUGCAAAACCUGCCUCAUGGAGCAGUGCAGGUGCGCAGGCAAGACCAGCGAGCAGUGCAGGUGCAAAACCUGCCUCAUGGAGCAGUGCAGGUGCGCAGGCAAGACCAGCGAGCAGUGCAGGUGCAAAACCUGCCUCAUGGAGCAGUGCAGGUGCGCAGGCAAGACCAGCGAGCAGUGCAGGUGCAAAACCUGCCUCAUGGAGCAGUGCAGGUGCGCAGGCAAGACCAGCGAGCAGUGCAGGUGCAAAACCUGCCUCAUGGAGCAGUGCAGGUGCGCAGGCAAGACCAGCGAGCAGUGCAGGUGCAAAACUAGCCCCAGAGAGCAGUGCAGGCUCAAGAUCAGUCCCAGAGAGCAGUUCUUCAAUAAAGUGUGGUCUUUGUGGUGAAGACAUUGAUGUGGAGUGUUUUACCGAACAUCUGUCAGACUACCAUGUCCAAGAAUGUUGUGACCAGUGUGGUGCAAAAGUCUGGGGUGCGGUUGGACUUCUUCACCACAUUGAAAGUAAUCAUCCUUGUACCAGUCUUGCAGGGACAGAAUCUGUGGAUCCACCAACAUCUUCUCCAACAACAUCAUUUACUGAAUCACCCGCAUACAUUGAAGAGCAGCGAGGCGUUCCACAAACUGCACCUCAAACACCAUCCCUGGAAAUUAACCUGAGGCCUCAAACACCAUCCCUGGAAAUUAAUCUGAGGCCUCCAGAAGUGAAUUGGGUGAGUUUUCUCCCCAAACAGUUCUGUCGAGUUAUUAAGCCAGCAGACCAGAAGUGGAUAGCGCAGUGUCUAUAUGACGCCACAGGACGACUUAAGCAGCAGUUUUCUCAAAACUGGUUUUAUCCACCAAGUCCCAGCAAGCCUACAACUUCACCUCCUGAUCCUAACACCUACUUUAGACAGCGUAUGUUUCUGUGGGCCCCAAUGAGAAUGUGGGGUAUUCCUCUGAAGUGCACACAGUGCAAUAGGAAGAUGCACCAUUCAGGAAUCUACACAAAAGUGAGGGAAGUCAUUGAUAUUGACUCGAGAUAUUAUUUAAUUGGAGUAGACUACCCUCGCUGCAGUAAGUGUAUGAUUCCUGUCUGCCCUUGGAGUUCGGAGAUCCUCAAACAACUAGAUCCCUCACACAGAAACAAAUUCCCCGCUGUUCUCACCACUCACCUUGCACUUGACAGGAAGUGUGUGACUUUGUUGAAGCCUAGAACUGCAGGGAACAGCUCCAGUUUCUUGCAGCAGGCGCUUGAAGAAGUUCACAGCGAGGAGUGGGCAAGACGUACCAUUAACUAUCUAACAGACUGUGAAUUUCACAAAAAGAAAUGUGCCCUGACACAAGCUGAAGUGAUAUAUCAGCAGCCACCGCCUUUUCGCCCCCUACCUCUGGCACAGUGGUUUGAGACGGUUCAUGCCAACGAGAUCCUGAGUCACAUUGAUGAGCUAAAGGGUGUCAUAACAUCGACAUAUGGUAGCAUCCUGAAGCUUGAUUCUACCAAGAAGAUAACUAAAAAGCUUGCUGGUGGCAUUGCGGACACUGCUACAUGGAUGACCAAUGUUGGCAAUGAGUUUGGCCAAGUCCUGAACUGUGUCCUAACCACUGGUGAGGGAGCUGGCAUAGAUGACUUGUGUCAGGGCAUCGUAAAGCGAUACAAGGAUGCUGGGGAGCCAGAGCCAGCUGUGAUUUACGUUGACCGGGACUGCUGCAGCGAGACAGGCGUGACUCCAGUUCUUACCUGGUUUCGACCAUGGAAUAUCACAGUGCGACUUGAUGUGUUCCACUUCAUGCGGCGGUUUACUGCUGGCCUUACAACGGAGCACCAUCCACUGUAUGGCACUUUCUGCUCCAAGUUGUCCAGCUGUAUAUUUGAAUGGGACAAGGAUGACAUCUCUCGUCUUAAAGAGGCGAAAAAGACCAUGCUUUUAAAAAAACAUGGGGGUCAUAUUUCAACAGAGGCCCAAAUCCUGUCAAGCAUCACCUCCAGUGAGCUGGCCAAGCACUGCAGGAGGAGGACACGCGGAGUUGAAGAAACUCGUGUCUUGAUACAAGGACUACUGGACUCCAUGUGGGAACUGACCGACACCACUGGUUUGCGCCUCAUCAAUCCAGAGAGCAUGACACGUGUGUGGGAGGUACAGCAGAAACACUUACCUUGCAUCCAAGAUCCACUCGGUGUUCAGUUGUACACAAAACUGGGCUCCGGUUUACAGAAGGGUGACAAGGUUCUGGAUGUACUGAGGUGUGGCAGAGGGUCCUCCUCUCUGGAAAGCUUCCAUCGCCACCAGUGCACUUUUAUUCCAGGCUGGAGAUGUAAUGCACUACAUACGCAGAUGUACAUGCUUGAAGGUGCAUCUAGGUGGAACAUCAACCGCGCUCAUCAAGCUGUGGACAUGAGUGGUACAUCACUUACUAAAAUUUAUGAUGUACGUUUAAUGUCCCACAUGAAUGUCCUCAGCAACAGAGUCCUUGGAUGUGCACUCCUGCCAGAAUUCAAACCUCCUGGGAGACCCACUGAUGAGCGUAUAGCUGUGGAGUACUUACUGGCACAGUCUGACAGAGGAGACCUGCUUUCUCCACUGGAGCAACGUGAAAUCGCCUUGCCAGAGAUGGAGGUUGAAGUUCAGGAGGAUGAGUGUCUGGAUGUCACAAUAUGUGAUGCGGCAGACAUCAAUUUGGGCACACACACCCUUGCAAGUUCCAGCAGUCAUGGUGAUUCAUUGAUCUCACCUCUGGAAACCAGUGUGCCAAGUGGUGGCUCUUACAGUCCUGACAUUGAAGACAUUUCCUGUGCUGGGCCCAGCACACCAGCUCCGGACAGUAGAUGUGAUUCAAGGGGUGUUCCUGGAUGGGAGGCAGUGGAUAACCUGGCAGGGUAUCUCGUCAGUCUCAACCGCACGAUCACUGGUUUAUCAACCAACGAGGUAGCAGAGAUCUUGCGGUUGUAUUCGUAUUUGCAUACCAUUGAUCAGUCCCCCUCCAAGUAUUCCCUUAAGUGCAAGAAAAAGACCUUGGAAGGUCCUUGGAGAGCUUCUCGGAAGCGUAGUGGCUCAGCCCCUGGUCAGCAAGCAGCUGAGAGACUGUUCAUGACUCAUGGUCAGGCUGCCCAGAGACCUGAUGCCAACAGGGUUUCAGAAUGUGUCGCACUCAAGCUUCUGAAGGAAUUCAGGGAAGCCAGAAAUAGGCCUAAAGAUAACAAGGGCAAAACCUUUCCCAUUCCUCAGGCAAUUGUGAUGAUUUAUAGCCACAUCAAGCAGCUGCUUGAAGACUGCAGAGAGCUACUAGACCAGACCAACUUGGUGCUAGUUACUAUAAACAACACCACAGUGUCUUCAUGGCUUCUCGACAGACAGAAAAGAACUGACCGGGACACCUUGCUACAAGGAGUAGAGCUUCCCCAGCCUGUCGGUUUGGCAAAGGAGCCACUGCCAAAGCCUAGAGAACUCCCAUCUGCACCUGUUGAACAUGGACAUGUUGCCAUUGAGUUCCAGGAGCCUGAAAAUCGGGAGGGUGAGGCAGUUAUACGCCAACGUAAAUGUGCACGAACUGGAACUGCAGUGUCUUCUAUUACGCACACAGACACUGGGCUUGGAGACACAUCUCCAUCUGGCACAGACUGGCUUGGGGCCCAGCACUUUCCUGGGUGGCAUGUCUGGCCUGGGUAUUCUGAUUUGUCUUUUCCACCAUCGCACUCUCAGGGUUGGUCAUCUUUUCAGCCAGGCCAACAGCCAUCAGCUCCACCAUCGCACUCUCAUGGUUGGUCGUCUUUUCCACCAGGCCAACAGCCAUCAGUUCCACCAUCGCACUCUCAUGGUUGGUCGUCUUUUCCACCAGGCCAACAGCCAUCAGUUCCACCAUCGCACUCUCAGAGUUGGUCUUCUCUUCAGCCGUCCCAACAGCCAUCAGCUCCACCAUCGCACUCUCAGGGUUGGUCUUCUCUUCAGCCGUCCCAACAGCCAUCAGCUCCACCAUCGCACUCUCAGGGUUGGUCGUCUUUUCCACCAGGCCAACAGCCAUCAGCUCCACCAUCGCACUCUCAUGGUUGGUCGUCUUUUCCACCAGGCCAACAGCCAUCAGUUCCACCAUCGCACUCUCAGGGUUGGUCGUCUUUUCCACCAGGCCAACAGCCAUCAGAUCCACCAUCGCACUCUCAGAGUUGGUCGUCUUUUCCACCAGGCCAACAGCCAUCAGAUCCACCAUCGCACUCUCAGGGUUGGUCGUCUUUUCCAUCAGGCCAACAGCCAUCAGUUCCACCACCUCCUCAGAACCGACAGCGUGCAUGGAGACAGCACAAGGCAGCACUUGAGGAUCAAGAGCGUGUGGCAAGAGGGGAGCCACCAAAGAAGCGUCACACAAAGGAACAAUACCAUUAUGUGUGUAAAAUAUGUGGCCAAUCGAAAAGUAAACUCACUGGCCAUUCCCAGGUUAGAGGAAAGUGGUACUGUCCAGCAUCUGGCCAGACCAUUGCAGAGUGGAAAGAGUCUCUUUAG